CCCAAGGCUUGGACCUUCUGAGAACUCGGCGGCCUGCGCUGCUCCCUCCCACGAGUCACGCCGACUUUCAACCUCCAACAUCCGUAUCCGAGCGACAUCAUCUGUCGCAUCUUUUCGAUCCCGCCCAUUCCUCCUGACUCUUAACAGGCUUCGACUUCGACCCAGAGCUGCCUAAUCCCCGAUCUUCUGGUUUCUAUUCCACGGUCAUCAUUCGGCUUUCCCUUCCCACUCGAUCAAUUGCCUCGAAGCCGCCGGCGUGAGUUAGGCGCACUGAAUUUCGGCGGGACACCUGGCGAACAAACCCGCCACCUCGAAAGGCGACUGACUGAUCUCUCUUGCCCAUAUACGAAACCCAUCCUCAGUCCACUCCUCCACGACUCUACUCUCCUCACACAUUCGCAAUGGCGGGUCAACGGAAUUACGACUUCCUAAUAAAACUCCUCUUGAUCGGCGAUUCUGGCGUAGGCAAAUCAUGCUGCCUAUUACGCUUCAGCGAAGACAGCUUCACUCCUAGUUUCAUUACUACCAUCGGCAUAGACUUCAAGAUCCGGACUAUUGAUUUGGACGGCAAGAGGGUGAAACUCCAAAUAUGGGACACGGCAGGCCAAGAGCGCUUCAGGACAAUCACCACUGCAUACUAUCGAGGCGCUAUGGGCAUUCUCUUGGUGUACGAUGUGACGGACGAAAAGAGCUUUAACAACAUAAGGACUUGGUUUUCCAACGUCGAACAGCACGCCAGCGAAGGUGUCAACAAAAUUCUGAUUGGCAACAAGUGCGACUGGGAGGAGAAACGUGCUGUCUCCACGGAACAAGGCCAAGCACUUGCAGACGAGUUGGGUAUCCCCUUUCUAGAAGUCAGCGCCAAAUCGAACAUCAACAUCGAAAAGGCCUUUUACUCGUUAGCCUCAGACAUCAAGAAGCGGCUGAUCGACAGUUCGAAAGACGCGGGUGGUCCUGGAGCUGGCGGACAGGGUGUCGGUGGUGGCGUUAAUGUCGCGCAGAAUCAGAAUGGCGGUAUGGGUGGAAAAUGUUGUUAAUGGAAAAAGCGGGAGAGAGAAAAGAUUAAAGGGACAUUCAUUCGAACAAGGGCCCGGACGAUGUGGGAAACGAGUCAGUACGGAGGGGAGGUUAUGAGCAUCACCUGUGAACACACGGCUGAAGCGAUCAAGCACUGUCCUCCGACUCGACAGAAGCAAUUUACUCAUGACCAUCUAUUUCUCACCACGCGGACAGGUCCCCGGCCUCAGCAACGUCCCAGCUGGUCGACUUACUGUGCGUCCUCUUCCGUGCAGAUAUCAGAGGAGUCGCGGGUGUCAGGACGUUCGAGCCAAUUCUUCCAUGAGACAUUCAUCCUCAAUCAGUGCUUUCGUUGUCCUUACCGAGCGCUACUCAUACUAUGUGUUCCAGCUCACCACAGGACAGGUUCAACCAACCACGGCGUUUGGAAAGGUCUAUUGGGAUUGAGGGCAAAAGGAGUUUCAGCAAGGGAAUUGGGACGGAACGUUUAUACAGUCCUUGGCUCGUUACAAACCAUGUAGAGCUGUGUUAUGCAAAAGAGACUUUGUUUUUGGUUCUCGAGAAACAGCUGACAAUUUGGUUGCCCAUCUCCCUUGUGCGUUCGUUCCCGGUAGUUGACCAGGUUUCGUUCCGUUGAACCCACCUCUCCAAACACCUUGAGAUCCCCAGCCGCAUUGAGCGUGGGACGACGCGUGACGGAGGGAACGAGUUAUUGCUGGCAGAACAUAGUCGGAAGACGGUAGGAAAAGCAGAAGAAGAU